UCAUACCGAAUUUGACUAGUUGAUUUUGAAACGAUUACUAGUUGGAUCCGUUUACUCAUCGGUUCAGGAAAUGGUCGUUUUCUUUGCAGUAUCAGAACCACCUUGAUGUUCCGAAAUGAACGUCUUACGUUUAGAAUACAACCGCACGCAAUACGCAGAUGCAAUGUUUACAUUUGGAAUGCAUCCUUCACAUGGCAAUGCUUUGUAGUAAUUAAAAAAACGAGAUAAAUUUCUGAGAAAUUGUUAUGUGUUAAAUUUUAUGACUUUAAUAAUAUCCCACCCAUGAUAAAAAUUUUCUAAAUAAUGAUACUUUUAUCAUUUUCGGUAAAAAAAAAAAAAAAAAAGAAUACAGUUACUUAAUGAAAUGCAAUGUAAGAGAAUAUCAAACAAAUUGCUUUUUAACCGAAGAAGAGUUUCUUAAUAAUUUUAAUUCAAAUGGUUUCAGAAAUAAAAUAGAACUGGACGACACAUGUCCAAUAAAUGUAAAGAAUUCUUGAAUUUUAGGUUGUCAAUUUACAUGUUGAGAGUAAAGAAAAUAUCUUGGAUUAAAACAAAUCAAUAUAAGUUAUCUUAGAGAAAAAAGUAUUGAUGGUAUUGCCGUUAAUAACAAACAAAUAUAAUUAAUUAUGGCAAAAUCAGAAUGAGUUCCAAAUGAAAACUUAAUUGCUUAUAAUAAUCAAAAAUCAUUUAUUGAUUUUGGAUAAAAUUUUAAUCAUGAAUCUAGGCCAAGAUAAUGAUUCAAGUGCAUGCUAUGAGAAGGAUUUAUCCAUGGUACUUGAUCAAAAUGCAACAACUGUAGAUCAUGGAAGUAGGCCCAUAACUUUUUCUGAUAAAGAUAAUAUCUUAGUUGAUUUGCAAAGAACAUCUGAUGAGGCAUCUAAAUUCUCCAUGUAUAAAACACUGAUUUGUUCUUAUUGUUCAAAAAAAUUUUGCAGUGUUUUGCUUUUAAGGAAACAUGUACAAAGAGUGCAUAAAUUAAAACUGUCAGAUAAUUCAUAUUCAUGUGCUUAUUGCAAGAAGUCAUUUAGGAUUAAAUCAUUGCUUCGAGUACACUGUGAAAAAAUUCAUCAAGAGCCAGUACAAAUUGAUACUCCUUGGAUAAAGGAUAGCGGAGACAUGGUUAUGUCUAAACCUGGCAAAGGCAAGAUAAAGUGCAUUGAAUGCAACAUCAAAUAUGGAAAUCUUCGGUCUCUCCGUGACCACUUGUCAAAGCAUCACAAUUUCAAUUAUGCUGAAAAGGAGAUAUGCCUUCCUAAUAUGAAUGCAUUUAAAAAGUGGAAAUUGGAUAUUGAACGAAGAGAACAUGCAUUCUUUAUUGCCUUGCAUGGAAUGCAAAGGGGGUCAAAAUGUAACAAGUGCCUGUAUCAUUGCUAUAGCUCUGGUUAUCAUGAAGUAAGUUAUCAUGGAAACACGAAUAGAAUGAUCACUGUUUCAGAUUCAUUAAAAAUAGGAAUUAUGUGCACAGCCACUAUGAUUGUAUCGGAAUAUGUGAAUGAAGUUCGUGUGAAGUACUGCUUGCAGCAUUAUGGACAUAGACAAGAAACAACAUUUGAGCAGCUGUCAUCUGAGGAGCAAGCUGCUAUCAAUGAAAAUGUGUCCAGAGGCAUACCAUUACAAGAGCAGCUAGAUGACAUUAAACAUCCUCAAUCUUCAGCUGAAUAUUUUCAGGCACAUAUGAUAAAGAAAAGAGAUAUUCAAUAUAUUAAUAAUGCUUGUACUUCUGAAAUUUUUAAUGCAGAAAUGAAUUUUAUUGAAUAUGUAGAACAGUGGGUUCAUGCCUGUCCCCAAAUAGAAAAUUCACCUGUUCUUCUGUACAGACAAGAAGGAAAUGGAACUGAAACUGAAAACUUGAUGUUGAUCAUAAUGACAGAAUUGCAGAAACAUAUACUUAUUACAUCUACUAAAGAAGUUGUGUGCAUUGAUUCUCAAUACAUUAAAAAAAGCAAAAAUUUUGUAACUGCUCUUGUUGUCAUGGACGAACAAGAUGUUGCUUUUCCUGUUGCAUUUUGUAUCAGCAGCAAGUUAAACAAAUCUUCGAUAUUAGAAUUUCUUUCAUGUGUUCGAGAAUCUACUGGCCAAUUGUCUUAUUCUUAUUUUAUGUCAAAUGAUGAUACAUUUUUCUAUGAAGCAUGGCAAGAAGUAAUGCAAGAUAAAUCCAGACACAUAUGGAGUAUCUGGUCUGUUGAUGAUAAAAUCCAAAAACAUUUGUCACAGUUAUUGAACCACAUUCCAACAAGAGAAACAAUUUAUCGAGUUUUCCGAAUGAUGAUGGAAUGCAAUAAUCAAGAAGUUUUCACUACUAUGUUAAAAAAUUUCAGCAAUUUUCUUUCUGAUAAUUUGUUAUGCAGUGACUUUGGAAAAAUAUUUGGGUUGCAUUAUGGGUCUAACAAAGAAAUGUGGGGUUGCUGUUAUCGAAAUAAUCUUAAAUUUAGCACUAAUUUUUAUUUGGAACAUCUGCAUAAAACCUUGCAGCAUUGCUUUAAAAGAGGUUGGAAUAAACAGUUGGAUAAGUUCUUGAUGAUGCUUAUGAAGUACGUGCGAUUUAAAAUGAUAGAUCGUCUUUCUAAUAUGGUGGAUGAAGAAAAAAUUAAUUUGGCUAAAAAAGCUAUCAUUAUGUGCCAUAAUAUGAGCUUAGAUAUAAAGAGUGAGAAUAUAACUUCUUUAUCAGCUUAUAAAGUUUGGCUGAUUCGAUCAGAAACCGAGGCUGAUGCUUAUGUGACUCGAGAAUAUAAAUCUUGCCCAGAAAUCUGUGAUCUGAGAUGCCAUGACUGUGAUGUUUGUGUUCAUAUGUACUCAUGUACUUGUGCACAUAGCAUGAUCAAUGCUAAUAUGUGCAAACAUAUUCAUGCUGUCGAGUGGAAAUUUUUCACGCCUCGCUUUUCACCACCAACUUCUCCUACACCAGAUCCCUGCAGUGAAGUAGAUAACAUUUCUGACAAUGAUCACAUCAACCCUGAUAAAAGCCCAGAUCUGCUGCAGCAUGUUAUGAAAAGAAUGCAGGAUGUUUACAAACAGGUGCAAAUGAAAAAAUACCAGCUGAACAAGAAUGCACUUUCAGAAGUCUUGAUAUUGUUAGACAGAUGUUAUCAUAUAUGUUCUGAAGAUGAUCUUUUGUCAAAACCUACUCAAACAGAAGGUGAACCUGUGAUAUCAUCAAUUCAUACCUUGAAAGGUUUAGUUAAUGUUGCAUCAAGCUCCAAUUCUGAAAAUAUUGCCCCUAUACCUGUGAUACCAACUAACUCUGGCUUAAAUUUUGUUCCUAAAACUGCACUGAAUUCAUCUAAAAUACAUAAAAAAUCUAAUUUCGUACCUGCAAGAUCAUCAUUUCCUAAUUUUCAUCCUGUGAAAAAGAUUGUAUUGAAUUCCAAAGGAAAUGCAAAUUCCACUUCAAAAAUAGUGGUGCCAUCUAAUCCUAUGUUAUCAUCUGUAUCAAACUCUCCUGAAAGAAAAAAACAGGUUGCUACUACCAUAUCAUCAAUAUUAUCGAAUCCUGUUUUAAAAGAUUUAGAAAACACUGCAUCUUCUGAACAACGUAAAGAAGUUGUCCCACCACCUUAUCAUGUUCCAAGUUCCAUAACCAACAAUUCAUCAUCUUCUGAAAGACUUCAAAAAAGGGCUUUCAUACAGAUAUCACCAAAACCAGACUCAUUUUCUAAAAGCAGGCCUAUUGCUAAAAAGAAAUGUAUGAAAAGUAUUCAUUUUCCUGAUGUUCCAUCUAGUCUAAAAACUUUACCUUCACCUUCAACUGUGGAAACUACAGUGGUGCCAUCGAGUGAUUUGCCUCUAUCUUCUGUUAAUAUUGCAACAAAUUCUAUUUUACAAAUGCCAUCUAUUGUGAAAUCUACUUCUACAUCAUUUUCAGUACCUAAUAAUAAUGCUAAUCAUUCUCAGAUGUCUUUUAAAGUGAAACCUGCUAUUUUAUCAAUUUUACCUUUGACUAAUUCUUCAAAUUUAGCUACAAAUUCUUUUGAUAAAUUGUCAUCUGAUGAAAAGUUAAACUCUGAAAUUGUGUUGAGCCCAUCUUCCUCAGAAAACCAAAUAAAAUUUGAUGCCCCAUGUGUCAUAGCAUCUUAUCGUUCCUUAAAAGAUUUAUCUGCUCAUGCAAUAGAAGUGGAUUCUUAUGAGUCUGAUACACAGUUUAAACCACCAUCCAUUUAUGAAAAAAAAUCUAAGUUUUUGCUGGAGCAUGUAUCGAAGAAAUGUGAUGUGAUAAAGACAACUGUUUCAUCAUCUGAUCAAUUGUCUUGUAAAUCUAAUAAUAAAGUAUCAAAUUCAUUUCUAUGUAUUCCAAAAUCAGAGCACUCUUCAGAAAUGGAACUUUCCUUCUUACCUUCUUCGUCCAGUUUGUCUCAAGCAUAUAAACAAAAUUCUGACUCGCAUAGUCCUGUUUUGGUCAACACUUCCCAACCAUCUAUUUCAUCGUCCAUCACUUUUUCAAAGUCUGUUUUAAAUUCAGCUGAUGUGAUAGAUUCUACUAAAGUUAGAAACUUUAUAAAAACUGAGCCGAGUGACAGGGAUACAAAUACCAAAAUUCUGGAAAAGAGUUUCAGGAGACGAGACUAUUGUGCUCUUUGUAAUUCUUCUGGGCGAACAUUAUUCAGCUUCCCUACAGAUGAAACAAGGCGUAAAAAAUGGCUUGCGGCAUUAAAAUGGGAUAUACCGCCGGAAAAAAUGCAGAGUGUCUUGAAAUCUUCAAGAUUAUGUGAUCAACAUUUUUCUGAAUCCUCCUUUACCAGCACAUUGAAACGUAGAUUAAUAAAGUUUGCUUGCCCUUUUGCUGUAGAAGAUAAUCAUCUAUCUCCUACAUCAGAUGAUAAUCUCUCUAGUCAGCAGAACCUGGCAGUUUCUCAAUGCACGUCUACUUCAACACCAACAGUAAAUGACGCAUAACCUUCUUGUUCCUGAAAUCUGGUGUUUUCUCCUACAGCUUCUUUUUAAUAUUUUGAAUGAUGUUCCAGUUUCACUUUUCUUUUAGUUUUUAAUAAAAAAAAUCAUAAAUGAUAUGAAAUGAAAGAAUUAAUGAAUGGCAUUAAUGAGGAUUGUGAAUGUGAUUUACUAUUUUUAAAAUAAAUUCAUUUAAAAAUGAAAAAAUAUAUAUAAUCGAUAUCGAUAAAAAUAUUAUAAAUAUUAUCGAUAUAAAAAUAUUAUAGAUAUAUAUUUUUUUUUUAUCAGUAUCGUUGAUGUGAUAAGAGAUUAGCUUCUCGAUAGCAAAUAGAGCUUUGUGUCCGUCCAGAGUGAAAUCAGUUUUUGACUAUGUUCCCCUUUUGAUGAUAUCAUUGUCUGCAAGUGAUCUACAUUGUCAUAAGAGCUGCUGUUAAUUCUAUAAAGGCUAAAUCUUUAAAUACCUUUUUUUUUUUUUUGCAUCAAUAGCAAUGGUUGCUUAUGUAUAAAAUGCUUCAAAACUGUUGGACUUCUAACUUUAUUCAAUACAAAAAUGUAAUUGCUUAAAACCUUCAAGUAUCAGAGAAAAGUCUGAGACUGAAACUAGAGUUAAGAUAUCUCGGAAAACAGUAUUUUCUCUUGUUCCUAGUUUCCUUUUAUUAUGCCUUUGUAAUUGCAAUAUUCUUCUGCUGCUUCUUCUACCUAGUGGGGAGAUAUUCCUUAAAAGGGAAAAUGUCGAGAAGUGCUAUACCAGAUAUCAAAGAUAUUUAAAGGUUUUUUUUUUCUUCUUCUUCUUUUUUUUCACUACAGAAACAUUUUCGUGGUCUAAAAAUGUGUAAAUAAUUCCGAAAAUAGAGGAGAGAUUAAUGAUAAAUGAAAAAAAUUAUUUUUAAAAAAUUAUUUUUUGUAAUUAAUUUAAUUAUUUUGUAUUUCAUUUUUUAAAAAUAAUUUUUGCAUACAAUUGUAGAAGAAUUUGAAGGGGGGAAAAAUGUGUUUUUGAAAUUCUAGAAGUAUAACUAUUAUAAUGUUUUAAAUUAUAAAUUGUAAAUUAAAGAGCCACUCUUUUUUUUCUAAAAACAAUUUUCUUUCUAAGUUAUUUUUAAUAAUGUUAAUAAAAAGCAUUCAAUCAUGUAUAUGUUCAAUUUAAUUAUACUAUGAGAAUUUUGCUUAUAAAUUGAUAAUAAAGUUUGUUGUUGCAAUUGUUACUUUUGGCACUUUACAAGUCUGCUGACGAACUGUCAGCCAGAUAAGAAAGUAAUAUCCUUUUCUUAUUUAUUUUAAUUCUACUUUUUAAAAUCCUUUUAUUGUUUAACAGCAGUUAUAUUAAUCUUUACAAAUGUGGUAAGAAAUACAGGAAAAGCGAUUAGAAAAUUAGUGCUGAGCUUUAAUUCCUUCUUAAAAUUAAUUAAUCAAAUUACAAAUUUGUUUUAUGCAAAAAUGUAAGAAAUGAAUUUGAUACUUUUUAGUAAUUGUCUAAUACUAAAUAUUAAAUUAUUCGAAAUUAAUUUUGGGAACAAUUUGCAAAUAUGCAUCACUGUGCCAUAAAGGAUUAAACUUAUAACAUUCCCACAAUUAUCUUGCAUGAGCAUCCAUUGGCUAGUAACUGGUGUACCAGUGUCUCAUUAUGAAUCACGUGUUUCAUUCUGCAUUUUCAGUACAUAUGUAAAAAGUAAACAUCUAGUUAUGCCAUUUGUUUUGUUGCUUAACUGGAUAUUCUUGUAUGAAGUAAUGUUUAAAAUACUGUAUUGUAUUCUUUAACAGUUAAAUGAUAACUGAUCAAUGUUUUAAAAUUUGUUGGGUAGAAAAAUUUGUAAAAUUUAACUAUGAUACAAUUUAUUCUUAGCUUAGAUUCAUAAUGUUUAUAUGUAUA